AAAGGAGGUUUCAUAUUACAGAAGUGGUGCUCAAAUGACGUAGAUUUCCUGAAACAAUUCGAACCAUCAAAGAUUAGCACUCAUGUCAACAUUAAAUUUGGCAUAGAUGGUAUCAUAAAGACACUAGGUAUCAUCUGGAACAUGGGAGAAGAUGUAUUUCAAUAUCAAAACAACUUACCUGCUACAGCUGAAUCUUACACGAAGAGAAGUAUCCUGGCAGAAAUACAGAAGUUGUUCGAUCCUCUUGGAUGGAUUGCCCCGGCGAUUAUCCCUGCAAAGAUACUCAUGCAAAGAUUAUGGCUCCAAAGAACUGGAUGGGAUGAAGACGUAGACGAAGAAGCAAGAGAAGAGUGGAUAGAACUUAGAGAGAAAUUUCAAGAGCUGGACCAAGUACAAGUAAAGAGAUGGCACGAAACGACUGAAAGCAACAGAGAUCAUACAUCUAUACAUGGUUUCUGUGAUGCUUCCACCAAAGCCUAUGCAGCAGUAGCAUAUCUCAGAGUAGAAGACAAAGAAGGAAAUAUAACAACCAACAUAAUAGCCGCUAAAACUCGAGUAGCACCACUAAAACCAGUAACACUCCCUCGUCUAGAACUAUGCGGUGCAGUACUGCUUGCAAAGAUGCUGAAACAAAUAAGAGAAGCCAUGAGGAUUUCUGAAAGUAAAGUUCAUGCUUGGACAGACUCCACAAUCGUACUGUCCUGGUUGUCUGGAGAUCCAGCAAGAUGGAACACCUUCGUACGUAAUCGAGUUGUUACUAUCUUAGACGAUGUUAAUAACAAUUGGCAUCAUGUCCAGACUCACGAGAAUCCAGCAGAUGUAGCUACGAGAGGCAUUGAAAUAGCAGAUUUAAAGGAACACAAACUAUGGUGGAAGGGCCCACAGUGGCUAAGAGAGAAAGAAGUCAUCUACAGCAAACCGGCAAACCUGGAAACAAACCUGGAAAAAAGAGAAAAGAUAAAGAUUAAUACAACAAUAGUAAAUGAAGAUGAAAACAUAGAGAAACAAUUUGAAAACAUGGAAGAUUUAACACAACUCCUCAUAGUCAUCACACACUGCAGAAGAUUCAUGCGAUACAAGAAAGAUAACCUGAAAGAAAGACCUAUAACUACAAAGGAACUUAAUGAAUCACUAAACGCAUGCAUAAAAAUAGUUCAAAGAAAUAAUUUCGAAGAAGAAAUAAACAGAUUAAAAGAAAACCUUGAAGUCAAAAGGGAAAGCAAGUUGAGUUUACUAAAACCAUACAUGGAUAAUGAAGGAAUAGUAAGAGUGGGUGGAAGACUGAGACACGCAAACAUAGAAGAAGACAGAAAACACCCCAUCAUUAUACCAAGUGAAGGUUACCUUACCACAUUAAUAAUCGCUGAUGCACAUGCAAAAACGUUACAUGGAGGAAUCCAACUUAUGCUUGAGUACCUGAGAUCAAAAUAUUGGAUUCUGAAAGUAAAGAAUUUAGUAAAAACGAUGAUACGUAAUUGCUUGAUAUGCGCCAAACAGAGAGCAUUAGUAAGAAACCAGCUGAUGGGAGACCUACCGACAGCCCGAGUCAACCCAGCCAGACCGUUCUAUAAUAGUGGCGUUGAUUUCGCGGGUCCUUAUCAAGCCACGAAAGCAAUACACUUAGAACUUGUCGGAGAUCUGACAUCAGAGGCAUACAUAGGUGCAUACAGGAGAUUCAUGUCAAGACGAGGCCGCUGCUCGCACCUAUGGAGUGACCAGGGAAGAAACUUUAUCGGCGCAGACAAGGAGUUGAAAACAGCAUUGAAGGAGGCUAAACUCGAUUUUGAAGGAGACAUAGCAGAGACACUUGCCAAAGAUGGAACUCAAUGGCAUUUCAUUCCUGGAUAUAGCCCUCAUAUGGGAGGCUUAUGGGAGGCGGGCGUCAAGUCCAUGAAGUACCACAUGAAAAGAAUCCUGACCUCUCACCUCACGUUCGAAGAGAUGUCUACACUCCUGUGUCAGAUAGAAGCCUGUCUUAACUCCCGGCCUAUAUCUACAAUUGAAUCUGAGUCUGAAACAAUAACACUAACACCAGGCCAUUUCCUGAUCGGCGAAGCGCCUGUGACUGUUCCAAACCCAGACCUGAAGUCAGUGAAGGUUAGUCGACUGACACGUUGGCAACAUCUACAGAAACUCCUAUCAGACUUUUGGCAAAUAUGGCAGAGUGAAUACCUCGCACGAUUACAACAAAGACCAAAAUGGCUAAAGAAAGUACAGGAAUUUGAGAAAGGACAUAUUGUACUUAUAAAAACAGAAAACUUGCCACCCGGCAAAUGGAGUCUCGGCCGCAUCGUGGACAAGCACCCGGGCGCUGACGGAGUCACCAGAGUGUACAGUGUGAAGAGUGGUAACAGUGUAGUGCAAAGACCUAUGAAUAAAUUGUGUUACUUACCUAUAGACACUGCCACUUAAAACUUAAUUAUUUAAUAUUUUCAGUAGCUUUGUUUACCUAACUAAUUCUAAAUGAAAUAAGUUGCAUGAUCAAAUACUUAAGU